AGGGGUCUUCUAUAUGGCCGGCAACAAGUUGGAUUUUUCUAAAAAUGAACACACACGAAAUAGCUUCGUCUUUGGCGUUAAAUACGGACCACGACAUCCAUCGGUGUCGAGCAGCGACAACGCAUCUCCGCCAAAGAGCAGCGGAAUUUGAUUUGAUUUUCACUUGGCCGACCGUCCGCGCUAUUUUCCUCUAUUGUGUGUGGGGCGGUCCGUGCUCUCCGCGGCGGUCCAUCUAAGGAGCAUAUUCCGAAGAAGCGAUGCUUUCCGCGACUCGGCUUUCCCGCAACUAGUUGCGUUUUGGAUGUCAACACGAUGUGCACGCGCACAGCGGCGAUUCCCGUCGACCAACUGCCACUGGCAACGUGAAGUGAACUGUGGACCGUGGACCGUGGCGAUUUGAAGGUGAUCUGAAUCCCCGGGCACUACCAGGACAGCUUGAGCCAAGACUGAACCGAAAAGGGAACCGAACCGAAGAUAUCCAGUUUUCCAGGGCACCUUAAACGUACAAACGAUAGAAUAGCGAGCCGAAAUCAGCAUCAGCAUGCAAGAACUUACAAGGAUCUGCGAUCUUAACGGAAGCGCAGAUAAGGGGGAGCUGGGUCCAGUAGCCCCGGCUGGCAACAAUCUGGACCAGCUGCUACCCAGCAUAAAACUGGAGCACGAUCCCGACCUGGAGUGCUGGCUGCCCACGCCCGAGCACCCGCAACUCCGUCUGGAUCUGAACAGCACACGGCUGCUGCUGCAGGGCUCCGACGACCCUCUGAUCUCGCAUGGCGCCACCAACGAUGCCCACGACGAGGACCAUCCCUUCAAGACGCUACUGGCGCGCAAAAGCGCCGGCCACGAAACGCCGCACAAUGGCACCUGCAGUCCGCUGACCAAGCAGCAGCUGAAGGCCAAUCUGCUGAUGGGCAGCCGGAAGGCGAACCGGCAGCCGCCGCAGGAGCAGCCACCCACAGCACUACCACAAAAGACAGUUAGGCCAGCGCACAGCCAGGGCCAGCAGCGAUCCCGAAAGCGAGGCGAUGCGGGAGCCAUGAAGCUGCGCUUCCACCAUCAAGCUCUGCCCGCGGAGUAUGCCGCCCACUACGAGGCCACACAGGGUCGCCAGCCACCGCGACCUGCGCUACCGCCGCCACCUCCUCCGCCGAGUCAGGCCCACGAGAACGUGCGCAGCUGGCUGCGGAAGAUUGCCGAGAUCCAGCGCAGUGCCGAGCGCCAGCAGCAGAAGCAGUCUUCCGCUCCUCGAAUUGGAGCACCAGCCGCGCGAUCUUCACCCAUCGCAGCGACGUCAGCGGUGCCGGCCAAAAGUGCAGAGGUAACCGCCGCCUCUAAGCGGAACUCCUUGAAGUACGCCGAUCUGCCCUACAUGGGUGAGAUUACGCUGGAUAACUACAAGCCACGUCGUGGUCGGAAGCCCAAGAAGGCGGACAUCUGCCACCUGAUCUACAAAAACUACGGCACCAUUGUUCCAGCAUCGGUGCCUGCGAUGCCGGUCAGUGCUAAUCCGCCGGCGUCUACCUCCACGAUUGCGGUGCCGCCUGAGGAGCCGCUGAAUCUGUGCCUGCGUGACCAGAGCGGCGAUCGCUUCUCCAUCUCCAGCGGCGACAGCGAGAAGCCGAGGACCACACCCACUACGACCACUACGACAGAUUGUGGCAGCUCCUCCCAUCGGACCACACCACUGAGUGCGGUAAAGCCUCUGACCUUGGAGCUUGCAGGGAGCGAGGAACAGUCAAUGGCAGCCGCCAAGUUGCUCCUGCAGCCAGUUGGUCUGUACUACCAGCAGCUGGUGGAGUCCUGCAGCCUGGGAGGCUUGCCUGUGCCCUUGGAGACCAUCGAGAAGGACAACCAGCUAUCCCUUAAAAUUCCGAUACCCAGCGGAUUCUUUGCCAAUGAAGCCACGCCCCUGGCCAUGCGGAAGAGAAAGCGGUCAGCCAUCUUCAUCCCGCCCAUGCCCGCCGAGCACUCGUCGAGUCCCUCGAACGAGGUGAGCAUCUGCAAGUUUAAGUUCACCGGCGGCGCCAAGCCAACGCUGCAGGAGAAGAAGAUGCUCUCGGUGGACGCGGAGGGCAACUACCGGUAUUACAACGGCACCGGAGACAAGACCAUGCGAGGCUACGAGUUCAUCUCCCGGGAUCAGCAGCAGCAACAACAGCAGCAGCAGCAACAGCAGCAGGGUCAGGAGAAGCUCUAUGUGGAUAUUCCAGCGCCAUCGACGGACCUCAGUCCAGAGUUGCUGCACAUAUCGCCGGAGUCGCCCACCUCAACGCUGAUCCUGCCCAGCAGUAACCAUCUGGUCACUGCGGUAGCGCCACACAGUCCAGCCUCCCAGUGCUCCAGCUCCCAAAGUCCCAUGCCCGGAGCAGUGUGCCCCGGUCACACGCAAAGCAAAUCCUCGUCAGAGAGCGAACGCAAGCGAAGAUCUUCGAGGCGAUCAAAGCAGCGCGAGAAGCUGGAGAAAACCUUCAAGGAGAAAGGCUUUCUCAUCCAAACCCAGCAGCUUCAAUCCGCCGAAGGUGCUACCUAUUGCAAAUUCAGGCAGCUGAAGAAGUUCACGCGCUACCUUUUCCGCAACUGGAAGGAUCACAUACCCGAGAGCGAUCUGGCCAAGCACCAGAGCGGUUCCCGGGAGGAUAGGCUGCCGAGUCUGGAAACCCAAGCCGCCAACCAGACGACAUAGAGUUCCCCCAAGGACAGCCAGGAAACAGCCACACACAGCACUGCCAAAGAUUUAAGUUUAAGACCAGCUAAUGGGCUAAUGGGCUAAUGGCCGGCCCAACUUCGGUCGGCGUUGCCAGUUGAGGGUGGAGCACAGCAACCCAAGCCGAUUCCGUCCACGCGGGCUGCACAACAACGCGAUCAAUGAUCCUCAGCCACGCUUCCUAGUCGUUCAUCAGUUUUUCUAGUGCCUAAUAAAAUGUUAUUGUUAACAAAUAAACUCAAUGUUUAACC